AUGUAUUAUGUUUUGAGUAUUGGAGUCGUGGCCAUAGGCCUGACCUUUGCCGCCAUCCCAUUAUAUCGGAUGUUUUGUGAGGCAACUUCUUUUGGCGGGUUGACACAGGUAAGUUAGGAUGGAUAAGGUUAAACUAUAGUUUAGGUGGCCAAAGAUUUCGACAAAAUUGAGAAGAUGAAUGAAGUGAAAGAUCGGCUGAUUAAGGUGCAAUUUAAUGCAGAUGUCCCUUCUUCGAUGCAAUGGAACUUUAAACCGUUACAGAAAGAGAUCUAUGUACAUCCGGGAGAGACGGCACUUGCUUUUUAUUCAGGUAAUUGAAAGUGACUUAUUUUACGUAACGAAAUGCAAAUUAGAAGAUUCUGUUUCCCGAUUUGAGGCGAACUGCAGAAUGAUUGACGUAAAAAGAACUGAAUCACUCGACUGAACUGAUCUUGUUUUGUUUUUCACGGCCAGUUUAAACUCCAAAACUCUUAAAUUUUUACUUUAAAAAUUUCCGAAGAUGGUGGGUGGAGGUUGUUUAUAAACGUUCUGAUGGUUUACAAAAGUCCUUGGGAUUAAAUCAAUCCUGCAAAGAUUGCUGUGAUUGGCCAAAGUUCACCUUAUUUUGCAGCCAAAAACCCGACGGAUCGACCAAUUGUGGGGAUUUCGUCCUACAAUUUGACGCCCUUCCAAGCCGCCUACUACUUUAACAAGAUCCAAUGUUUCUGUUUUGAGGAGCAGAUCCUGAAUCCGGGCGAGGAAGUGGAGUUGCCCGUCUUCUUUUACAUCGACCCUGACUACGCAAAUGACCCGAGCCUCGAACAUUUGGAUCAGAUUCUGCUCAGUUACACCUUCCACGAAGCCAAAUCUGGCCUCCAAUUGCCUUCUCCAUUCGAUCCGAACAAUCGACCGAGCAUUUCGGUCGAUUUCCAGAAGAAAAACGAGGUCCAACAGACCUCAAGCUGA